GCUCUGACGUCCGUCCAUGGUGGAGACCCAGCUUCGAGUUCUGACGCUAAAUUGCUGGGGACUGAAGUAUGUCUCCAAAAAUCGCUUUGAGCGUAUCCGAGCUAUCGCCAGUGAGCUCAGCAAUGCCGACUACGAUAUUAUAACACUGCAGGAGCUGUGGGUCUUCUCCGACUACGUGCAUGUUAGAGAGUCCGUGUCGAAGCGUCUGCCGUACUCCAAAUUCUUCUAUAGCGGAGCUCUCGGUUCUGGCCUGGCCAUAUUCACUCGGUUUCCUAUUAUCGCGACCUCGGUACAUCCUUAUUCCUUGAACGGAGCGCCCAUAGACGUUGUUGCCGGCGACUGGUUCGUUGGCAAGGCCGCCACAAGUGUGGUCGUCUUACAUCCAGUCUUGGGCCAGGUCCAGAUAUUUAACACGCAUCUUUUUGCCAAGGGAGGAGAAGAGGGACCCGAGCAUAACAGAGCUCAUAGACUCGUCAACGCGUGGGAGUUUGCAAAACUUGCGCGUCAGGCUGCGGAACUCGGACGCUACGUGGUUGCGGCUGGCGAUUUCAACAGCAUUCCGACGACAUUACCCAUGACAAUCAUUCGGGACCAUGCCUCACUACUUGAUUCAUGGGCUGUGACACAUUCCAGCCUUCCGUCUUCAAGUAUUAUACCUCCACCACAUGAAGCUAUCACCAGAUUUGGUGUAACCGCAGACUCGCCCAUGAAUUCAUACUCCGUUGGAAAACCCCUCGAUCCGUACGCUCGCAAAUUCUGGGGCAAGAGACUGGAUUACAUAUUCUACCGUCAACCUUUGCGGCCCUCAUCAAUCCCUCAGCUGAAAUGUACAGAUUGCAAAGUUGUCCUCACUCACAAGGUUCCUGGAACCUCUCAUUCCUUCUCGGAUCAUUUUGGCCUUGAAGCAACUUUAGAAAUUCAACAGGUGGAGGCUGCGCCUCUGGAUUCUGAUUUGCAUGGAGAAAAUCUCGACGUUUCUUCUUCAUCUAUUCCAUUUAGGCAUUCAACAGAACUUUCCAACGCUGCAAUAACGACUACCAUUCAAGCCUUGGGCGCGUGUUAUAACUUUUCACGUUAUCGCGCACGCCGCGAGCUAUAUGUGUUUGGCUUAUGUCUGAUUAUUCUCGUUGCCAUUGUCAUCGGCUCAUCAUGGCUACCGCAUCCCUGGAUCAAUCCCAUUUUUCUACUUUUUACCAUUUUCAUCGCCUGGUUGGCGACGACAAUGCUCUACGAAGGAUUCUUGUAUGGUCAAUGGGAAUGCAACGCGCUCAUGAACGUUGUAGAAGAGCUGGAGAUAUACAAAAAGGGCCUAGAGUUACGAGUUGGGGCAUAGUCGUAGUACUUAGGACAGGAUGUAGAGUGUAUGAUAUAAUCAGAUGCAUUGUUUGACUAGAAGGCAACUCGAU